AUGACACUCACUGGAGAAAAUUGCAAGAUUCACGGUGAUGAACAUCAAGCACGUAUGAUUAGUGCACUUUUUGGUAAAGCAUUUUGUCAAGAUGGUAUAGGUAUUGGCGGUGGUGAAAUUGAAGGACAAAAUCAUUCUGUAUUAAUUUUUAAUAAAGAUUGGAAUAAUGAAGAUGAACGAUUAGAUUUUGUUUCAAUGAUUCUUCAACAUUAUCCAUCACUUUCAGCUCAACUUGAUAUCAAUGGACAACUUGCAUUUCAUGAUUACUCUAUGCAAUCAUCAUAUUCAUUUAAUGAUAUUAUAGAAUUAAUUAAUAAUAAAUAUAAUCAUGAAAAAUAUUUUAUUGAAGAACAACAAAUGAAAAGUGAACUUGUUGAUCAAACUGAAUA